AUGAAGAAGGAGGUGUGCUCCGCGGCCUUUCUCAAGGCAGUGUUCGCAGAGUUCCUGGCCACCCUCAUCCUCGUCUUCUUCGGCCUCGGCUCGGCCCUCAAGUGGCCGUCGGCGCUGCCCACCAUCCUGCAGAUCUCGCUGGCCUUCGGCCUGGCCAUAGGCACCAUGGCCCAGGCCCUGGGGCCCGUGAGCGGUGGCCACAUGAACCCCGCCAUCACGCUGGCCCUCCUACUGGGCAACCAGAUCUCCCUGCUCCGGGCAGCGUUCUACGUGGUGGCCCAGCUGGUGGGCGCCAUUGCCGGGGCUGGCAUCCUCUAUGGGGUGGCACCGCGCGAUGCCCGAGGCAAUCUGGCCGUCAACGCGCUCAACAACAACACAACUCCGGGCCAGGCCGUUGUGGUGGAAAUGAUUCUGACCUUCCAGCUGGCGAUCUGUAUCUUCUCCUCCACCGACUCCCGCCGCACCAGCCCUGUGGGCUCCCCAGCCCUGUCUAUUGGCUUGUCCGUCACACUGGGCCACCUAGUGGGGAUCUACUUCACCGGCUGCUCCAUGAACCCGGCCCGCUCUCUCGGCCCCGCAGUGAUCAUGAAGCAAUUCAGCCCCUCGCACUGGGUGUUCUGGGUGGGGCCCAUCGUGGGGGCUGCCUUGGCUGCUAUCCUCUACUUCUACCUGUUCUCCCCCAACGCCCUGAGCCUGAGUGAGCGUGUGGCCAUCGUCAAGGGCACGUAUGAGCCCGAGGACGACUGGGAGGAGCAGCGAGAGGAGCGGAAGCAGACCAUGGAGCUGACUGCCCAGUGACCAGCAUCGUGCGGGGGCCAGCCUCUCGGCCCCUGAACCGCAGGGGGAAAGAAGAGAAAUAUAGGACAGCAAGCUUCCUUCCCCCACAGCCGGGUCCUCUGGGCUGGGGAGGAGGUGCUGGCUCCCCAGGCUGAACGGUUAGAG